AUGGCCGCUUCAACAGCAUUCGCUGGAAAAUGGGAAUCCCUCCCAACCCCUCUCACACCAUGGAUUCUAGAUGUUAUCCACUCAAUGGGUCACUCCCAGAUGACCCCCGUCCAGGCCUCCACCAUCCCCCUCUUCAUGCGCCAUAAGGACGUCGUCGUCGAGGCUGUCACCGGCUCUGGGAAAACUCUCGCCUUCGUCAUCCCCAUCUUGGAGAAGCUGAUACGCAGAGAACGGAAGCUCGCCAGAAACGAGGUCGGCGCACUCGUGAUCAGCCCCACCAGAGAGCUCGCGACGCAGAUACACUCCAUAUUCUCCCUCUUCCUCGACUCCCAACCCUCCCCACGCCGUCCUUCCCCGCCGCCGGACGAAGCUUCUGGCUCCGACGUCCAAUUGGACGUUACACCUGAAUACCCACCCCCGCUGCUCAUCGUCUCUUCAGAUUCUCCCCCAGCGCAAGACGUACAACGCUUCCUGUCUACUGGUGCCGACAUUGUGAUCGGCACACCCGGUCGAGUAGAAGAGUUCCUCCUUGGGAAGGGAAGGAAUAUUGUCAGCGUCAAGGAGCUUGAAGUUCUCGUUCUCGAUGAGGCAGACCGUUUGCUUGAUCUGGGCUUCCAGGCCGCCCUGACCCGCAUACUCACCGCCCUCCCGAAACAGCGGAGGACAGGCUUAUUCAGCGCCACUAUGACAGAUGCGGACGCCCUGUCAGAGCUCGUCCGGGUGGGAUUGCGCAACCCGGCGCGCAUAGUUGUCAAGGUGCAAACCAAAAAGACGAAGGGAAGAGCUGGUGCCGACGGCAUCAAGGCGGAUAAAGAGACCGUAGAGGAACGACGCAUACCAGCCAACCUGCAGAACUACUACAUGUCAUGUCGCGCCUCCGAGAAGAUGCUCCAGCUCACUCGCAUCAUCCGGCACGAGACCCAGAAGCAGCAAUCGUCGCGUUUCAUCGUCUACUUCGCGACGUGUGCCUGCGUAGAUUACUUCUACAGAGUCCUGGCGCCCCUCCUGCCAACCAACACCACCCUGUAUUCCCUACACGGCCACCUGCCGCCCAGCACCCGGACAAAAACCCUGGCCAAUUUCACAAAUUCCCCGGCGCUGCCAUCCGCCCCGUCAAUCCUCCUCGCGACAGACGUCGCCGCGCGGGGCCUGGACCUGCCCGACGUCGACGUCGUCAUCCAGUUCGACCCGCCCACGGACACCAAGGCGUUUUCCCACAGAUGUGGACGCACCGCGCGUGCGGGCCGGAGCGGGCGGGCGUGGGUGCUCCUGGUCGGGCGAGAGGUCGACUAUGUCGAGUUCAUGGCGGUCAGGAAGAUUCCCAUGAAGGAGCGGCCGCGGUUCGCGAGCGACGGGACGCCUGUCUCACAUGACGACACGGACACGGAUGAUCCGGAGGUGUCGAGUGUCAUGGAUGCAAUUCGGAAGAAGGCGCUGACAGACCGCGCCCUGCACGACAAGGCCGUGAAAGCAUUCGUCUCGUUCGCGCGUGCGUACUCGAAGCACGAGGCGUCGUACAUCUUCCGCGUGAAGGACCUCGACUUCGUCGGGCUCGCGAAGAGCUUCGGGCUCCUCCGGCUCCCGCGCAUGCCCGAGCUCAAAGACGUGCCGAAGGGCGGCUGGGAGGACGCGCACGUUGAUUGGAAUAGCUACAGCUACGCCGACAAGGCGCAGGAGGCGAAGCGGCUCGCCGAGUCCGCGAAGCCUGUGCCGAGCGCGGAGGAGGUCGAACAGCGCAAGGGGCUGCGCGCGGAGAAGCGCAAGGCGAACACGUCGUGGAGCGACAAGAUGCGCAGGAAGGAGGAGCGCGAGAAGAGGAGGGAGAAGAAGGACAGGAAGAGGAAGUGGGAGAGGGCCAAUCAGGCCCACGCUGGGACGAAGCGUGGGCUCGGGGACAUAGACAUGGACGGGGAGAAGGGGAACGACGAGGACGGGGGCGACGAUUGGGACGCACUGGCGAGGGAGGAGAGGCUGGCGAAGCGGGUGAAGAAGGGCCAGUUGAGCCAGACGGAGUUCGACGCGGAGUUCGGGGAUUUGUGAGAUGUGUCGAGAUGGGUCAGUACGACGUUGUCCGCGUAUGUCGGGAC